CAGUUCUCCCCAUCUCCCAUUAUCACUCAAUCCCUCAAAAGACACUCUCUCCGUGUCUCCCUCCCUUGAAUUUCUGAUUCUCUAUGGCCGGAGCCAAGAAAGCCCCUUUGACCACCAGCAAUAAUGCCAAUAUCCCACCACCUGAAACUACCAUCGCCGGCGGGGGCGCCGGCAAAAAGACUAUAGAACAGACCUACCAGAAGAAAACCCAGCUCGAACACAUCCUUCUCCGCCCUGAUACCUACAUUGGUUCCAUUGAGAAACACACCCAAACCCUGUGGGUGUACGAGGACGAACAAAUGGUUCAAAAAUCAAUCACCUAUGUGCCGGGCCUUUACAAGAUCUUCGACGAGAUCCUCGUCAAUGCUGCCGAUAACAAACAGAGGGACCCCAAGAUGGAUUCCGUGAAAGUGACGAUUGAUGUUGAAUCCAAUAGCAUUAGCGUGUACAACAACGGGGAUGGGGUCCCUGUUGAGAUCCAUCAGGAGGAAGGGGUUUAUGUGCCGGAAUUGAUUUUUGGGCAUUUGUUGACUAGUAGUAAUUAUGAUGACAAUGAGAAGAAGACGACGGGUGGGAGGAACGGGUAUGGGGCGAAACUCACAAAUAUAUUCUCGACUGAGUUUGUGAUUGAGACUGCGGACGGGAAGAGGCAGAGAAAAUACAAGCAGGUUUUCUCUAAUAACAUGGGCACAAAAUCUGAGCCUAUUAUAUCAAAAUGCAAAGCUGGGGAGAAUUGGACUAAGAUUACGUUCAAGCCAGAUUUGGCAAAAUUUAGCAUGAGUUAUUUGGAGGAGGACGUUGUUGCCCUGAUGAAGAAGCGUGUAAUUGAUGUUGCGGGAUGCCUUGGGAAGACUGUGAAGGUGGAAUUGAAUGGACGGCUGUUCCAUUUCAAAUCAUUUUCCAACUAUUGUGACCUUUAUCUAAAACCUGCAUCAGCUUCCAGCUCAGAUCCACUCCCAAGAUUUGAAGAGGAAGUGCAUGAUAGGUGGCAGAUUUGUAUAAGUCGUAGUGAAGGACAAUUUCAACAGGUCAGCUUCGUAAAUGGAAUUGCAACAGUCAAGGGUGGGACUCAUGUCGAUUAUGUAACUAAUAAGAUAACAAGCCAUCUUGUUACUGUAAUAAAGAACAAGAACAAGAAGAACAAGAAGUUUGACCUUAAACCUCAUGCUGUGAAGAACCAUCUCUGGGUGUUUGUCAAUGCCCUCAUUGACAAUCCUGCAUUUGAUUCUCAAACCAAAGAGACUCUAACACUUCGUGCAGCGAGUUUUGGCUCUUCGUGGGAUUUCUCUUCGAAGUUCCUAGACAAAGUUGCCAAGUCAGAUAUAAUGAAAAACAUUGAGGAAUGGGCAGAAUUUAAACAGAAGAAAGAUCUUAAGAAAACAGACGGAUCAAAAGACAGGAGGAUUUAUGGACUAACCAAACUAGCUGAUGCUAAUGAGGCUGGGGGGAAGAAUUCCGAGAAAUGUACCUUGAUUUUGACAGAAGGAGAUUCAGCCAAGGCACUUGCAAUUGCUGGACUUUCUGUGGUUGGGCGAGAUCACUAUGGUGUGUUCCCUCUAAGAGGAAAGUUGCUCAAUGUGAGGGAAGCAAGCCAUAAUCAGCUAAUGCAGAAUGUUGAAAUACAGCAUAUCAAGCAGAUUUUAGGACUCCAGCAUGGUAAACAGUAUGAUAGUGUCAAGUCACUCAGAUAUGGACACUUGAUGAUAAUGACUGAUCAGGAUCAUGAUGGUUCUCAUAUCAAGGGUCUAUUAAUUAACUUCAUCCAUUCAUUCUGGCCAUCUUUGCUCAAAGUUCCUACCUUCCUGUUGGAGUUCAUUACUCCUAUCGUAAAGGCCAGUCGUAAAGAUGGGAAGAAAAAAGAAUCCUUCUAUACUAUGCCUCAGUAUGAAGCAUGGAAAGAGAAGUUGGGGGCAGAUGCAAAGAAUUGGUCUAUUAAGUACUAUAAGGGGUUGGGGACGAGCACAGAUCAGGAAGGGAAGGAGUAUUUCGAAGAUCUUGGCAAGCACAAGAAGGAUUUUGUUUGGGUGGAUGAACAAGAUGGGGAGGCAAUAGAACUUGCUUUCAGUAAGAAAAAGAUUGAAGCUAGAAAGAAUUGGAUCCGGCAAUUUGAGCCUGGCACGUACCUUAGUGAGCAAGAUAAACACAUCAAAUAUCGUGACUUUGUCCAUAAAGAACUCAUAUUGUUUUCAAUAGCAGAUCUCCAGAGAUCGAUUCCAUCAAUGGUUGAUGGGCUGAAACCUGGUCAAAGAAAGAUUCUUUUCUGUUCUUUCAAAAGGAACUUUAUCAAGGAAGCGAAAGUUGCACAGUUCUCUGGUUAUGUGUCAGAACACUCGGCUUACCAUCAUGGAGAACAAAGUCUUGCUAGUACCAUAAUAGGCAUGGCUCAAGAUUAUGUGGGUAGCAACAAUAUAAAUCUUCUUUUACCAAAUGGGCAGUUUGGUACACGAGGCCAGGGUGGGAAAGAUCAUGCCAGUGCAAGGUAUAUUUUCACGCAGCUGUCUCCUAUUACACGUUAUUUGUUUCCAAAGGCAGAUGACAUUCUCCUCAACUACCUAAAUGAAGAUGGACAAUCGAUUGAACCUUCUUGGUAUGUCCCAAUCAUACCAAUGGUUCUAGUAAAUGGAAGUGAAGGAAUAGGCACUGGAUGGAGUUCUUUCAUACCUAAUUAUAACCCUCUGGAUAUUAUUGCCAAUCUGAGGCAUUUGUUGAACGAUGAACCAAUGGUUCCUAUGCAUCCAUGGUAUAAAGGAUUCAGAGGUUCAAUCGAGAAAACUGCCACAAAAGAAGCUGGGAAUAGCUACACAGUCAGUGGAAUCAUAGAAGAACUGGAUGAAAGAACAUUAAGUAUAACAGAACUUCCAGUUCGAAAGUGGACCCAAGAUUAUAAGGAAUUUUUGGAGUCCAUUUCUGCUGAGAAUGAGAAGAGCAAGGAUCCAUUUAUAGAGGGUUGCCGCGAUAACAGUGGUGGAGAAAUUGUGAAUUUCUUGGUUUAUUUGUCAGCGGAGAAUCUUUUGAUAGCUAAGCAAGAGGGUUUGCUGAAGAAAUUUAAGUUAACCACUUCUAUAAGCACAAGUAACAUGCAUCUAUUUGAUGCGAAAGGUGUGAUCAAGAAAUACGACACCCCUGAACAAAUUCUUGAGGAAUUCUUCCACAUAAGGCUUGAGUUUUACGAGAAAAGAAAGAGAGUUUUGUUGGCCAACCUUGAAAACGAUAUGUUAAAAUGUGAAAAUAAGUGUAGAUUUAUUCAGUGCGUGGUGGAAAGUAGCAUCAUUGUGAGCAACAGGAGAAGGGCUGAUUUAUUCCUUGAGUUAAAAGAAAAGGGUUUUACUCCUUUCCCAAAAAAGAAAACCGCUGCUGAAGUUGCUAUUGCUGGUUCACUUGAUGAGGCAGAGGAAACUGAAGAGAACACUUCUGCAAGUGAUUAUGACUACUUGUUGUCUUUGGCGAUUGGUACCUUAACUGCUGAAAAGAUACAAGAAUUACGUGCUGAGAGGGAUAAGCUCAUGCAAGAAGUUGAAAACCUGAAAAGAGCAACCGUAAAGUCUUUGUGGAUGAAUGACCUUGAUGCUCUUGAGAGCAAAUUCAUCGAGGAACAAAACAAAAGUGAGAAAAAAUGGGAGAAGGAAAGAGAAAAGAUAAACGGCACUGUAAACAUAUCAAGACCAGUGCAAAAGAAUCCACGUAAGAACAACAAGAAGGCAACCAACAAAGAGUCGCAAAUGGAAGUGUCAGGUGAUACUGUACCUGAAGCAGGUAAUGCUGGUGACAUCAAGAAACCAAAAGGCAGGACAGCUGCUAAAAAGAAAGCUCCAGCAGAAAAGCAGGUUACAUCAGUUGCUGAUGAAAAUGAUGAUGAGGAAAUAUCUGAUCUGAGACAUCGACUUGCAGCUUACAAUUUUGACUCUUCUCCUGAUCGGCCACAAGAAAUGGAAACAGAAGAGGUGUCGCAGUUGCAAACAAAGAAGAAAGAACCAAGUAGAAAGGCUGCUGCACAGAAGAAGCCAUUGCCAACUGUUUCAGAGUCUCAUGAUGAUGAUGAUAUCCAGAUCAUUGAUGAUGACGAUGACUUUGUGCCUGACGAGAAGAAAAAGAAAGGAGGCAGAAAACCAGGAAAUGCCAAAGCAGCCAAACCUCCUUCAACAAAGAAAAGAGGGCCGGCUGCUAGCAAGCAGUCUCAGACUCUAGGCCAGAAACUGAUCACAGAAGUGCUCAAGCCCGCAGAAAAUUCGCCUGAAAAGAAAGUGAGGAAAGUGAGAGCAUCUCCAUUUAACAAGAAAAGCGGUUCCAUUCUGGGAAGGACGAUCAAUGUCGAAGAGGAAGAAGAGGGCUCCACUUCAGCAGAACAAGCAGACUCAACUUCUACCUUGGGUAGCGUGACAGACGUAGGCCAAGCAGUGGCUCCGAAAGCUAGACCUCAGAGAGCUAACCGAGGCAAAGCAACAUAUGUCAUAAGUGAUGAUUCUGAGAGUGAUGAUCCAGCUGAAGAUUUUGAGAGUGAUGCAGCUGAAGAUUACUCUGACUUUGAUGAUGAGGACUAAUUCUUUUAGUUCAUCUUAAAGGACUUG